GACGCGGUGCCAUGGCGUGUGACACUCAUAUACAUGACGCCAGCUGGUAGGAACGCCCGGCCCGGCCCGGGGACUGAGCGUUCGCCAGGCCCGACAGCGGGGGGCGCUGCGGAGUCGGCAGCCCGGGCUGGCCAAUGGAGCGGGGCGCUGCCUGGGCAUGUCUGGGCGGCCAGCGGUUAGUAAUAGUCACACGCUCGCUGUGAUGUAAGAGACCUGCCCUAUUGCGCGGGCUCGCGAGUCACUUCCAAGCGCACGUCGGGCUGGGACUUCCCUGAAACUUUGGUCUAAACACGUCCAGGAAGAGCCAUGUAACAACGCACCGGGCAGGGAGCGCACUGGGCAAAGCCGUUCCCAGCCCGGCUGGGUGGCUGCGUCAGCACCGCCCUGAUCGGGGACUGUCGCGCUCCGCUGGAACUCCGUGUCCCCGGGCACUUCCUAGGAACAGAAGGAUCAGGCUGAUAAGAGCUGCGAGAGUCUCUGCUGGCCACUGGCUGCUGCAAACUGCAGAGCCCGACGGGACAGCAGCGGAAGCGGCCCACAUAGCUGUAGGGAUGGCCAAGUUCUCCUCUGCUCAGUCCUAUCGCUGAUCUGCCAUCCAGUUUGCAACUGCUUGAGUUCGUUUUGAAUAGUUGUAAUAGGUGUAAAUACUGUUUGUGGAUUGAGUGUCUGUGUCUAAAGGGAUAUUUCACAAUAUUAUUCAUCACCUGCUGGUACUCAUCGGCUGCUUGGCUGGUCCAAGAUGAUGUAAUCCCAGCCUUCCCUAGACAUGUCACUCUGCCUGUCCCAGGAUGUGUCAUUCUGGCAGUCUGACUGGGCCUGCUCGCUAGGUUUCACUCUGAUUGCAAAUAAUCCCGCACUCUACAAGAAAUGGAAACCCCAGGAGGCUACUGUAGUGAAAGGUGGGAAGAUGUUUAUUCCUGGGUGACAAACACCCCCUGGUGGGCAAAGUGGUACACUGUUAAUACACUGAACACUUGCAUGUCUGGUGUAAAAAUCUGUCUCUGGCAUCCCAGUUAUUGCUUAACGUGGCUAUUCAGGUAAAGCUACUUUAAUUUAUUGUAAUCUAGGUUAAGAUGGUUGACAGGAGCAAUAGAGCCAUGGAGCUCACAAGUAAGGAAAGUGAAGCCUGCAAAUGACCCAAAAUAGUUCCACUUCCUCCCUCUCCAGACAUGCUUUGCCUAGAAACUGCAAUAUUAAUGAGACCAAGCCCCAGAUUGUUCCAGAGAUUGGCAAUAAAUGGGCUGCAGACAGAUGGACUUUAAAACUUGUCCCCUUGCUGCUGCUCUUUUUGCCCCUAGAAUUUCUUUCCCCCAACUUGGGUGUAUGGGAAGGAAGGGGCUGCAUUGAGCCCAAAAAUCCUGCUGUCAAGUUCACUUGCUUCCAGGAUCUCCUCUCUGCUGUCUCUCUUGAAACAAAAAUCCUGAUGUGGCUGAAGACCUGGAUGUUUAGCUUGAACAUAAUGUGCUCUUCAAAGGAUCCCCAAAAUCUUACUGUAAUUAAACCUCCCCCUAUAUUCCUUGUGCUAGGCCAGUCUCUCAAGUCACUUUGGGACUUGUAAGGCAGAGCAGGUGACUUGCCCAGGUCACGCAGCAGGCUCCCUGCACUCUGAGUGCAAUUGACUUGAUCACUGCACCCAACUUAAUUUCCUAUUGAGAUCCUGCCACCUGUAAGAAACUGGCUUAGGGAAGCAAUGAUCCCUGUUUCUUAGAGGGUUCAGGAUGAGCAGAGCCAGUGACAAGUUGCCUUUUGCUUACCUGAAGCUCUUGCCAAGAGCUGCACUCUUGGAUCAGCACUGCCCUGGCACCCAUUGGUGACCACAAACAUUGCUCUGUAUCAGCUGCUUGUUCAAGUCUGCAGGGUUCUGUAGCAGAAUUUAAUGUGACUUACAAGAAAGCUUCAUUGUAUGAAAGGAAAUGAAAAUGACUUCAAUGGUUCUUCAGGUCAUCAAACUGACUAUUCAGGAAAUUGAAAGUAAAGACCAGCCAUGUGUCAUCCACACUCAGCGGCUUCCAACACACACAAUCAGGAGCGGAGGAUGAAGCAUUGGUCUUAAUGCGAGAUUGUGCAGUUUUGUGGCACACGGAUCCUGUGAGGUGCUGAGUAGUUGCAGGUUUGUCUGCUGUAGCACUUCAGUGUAGACACUACCUAUGCUGAUGGGAGAGGCUCUUCCUGAGAGGCCGUAGCUAGGUUGACAAAAGAAUUCUCCUGUCGACCUAACACUGUCUAUAUGGGGACUUAGGUCUGUUUAACUAUGCUGCUCAGGGGUGUGGAUUUUUCACAUCCCUGACUGAUGCAGUUAAACCGACCUCACUUUCUACUGUAGACCAGGCCUUCAACUCCGGUUUAAGUCAGUGGUAGGUGUUGAGAAUGCUCCGGAUCUCUCAGGAGUGGGCAUUCUAAUGGGUGUGGGUGUUUGCUUUCAUAUGCAGCAGCAAGUUGAAACUUGUUACCUGCCAGGGCUUGUUUGGACAUGCUGGAACUUGACUGACUCACGAUGAUGUCAUUCCAUUGAACUGUUUACAAGGGUGUGAACUGUCAGGCGAUAUGAAGGUUGAGUUCUAUUUUAAUCUCUCAGCCUCUUCCUCUCUGGGUGAAAAGGCAAGAACAGGACAAGCUGGAUCAAUAGAAUAUUAUAGGCACUGAGGCCAUUAAAGGUUAAGGUUCAAGAUAUACAAGCCAAAUGUGGCCUUUAGCUGCCGUGGUGCCUAAAUGUCUCCCAGACUAAUAGCAUAAAGGCUAAAUCGUUGCUGCCAAAGGAUUGUAUGCGGGCAGAAUUGAGCAAACCGUUCACUGCUAAUUAAAGUGGUGAAAAUAACCUUUUUUGCAUUACUGGAAUCAAAUUCAUUUUGGGUUGAAUGAAACACUUUGUUCAACCCACAACAUUGUUGCGUUUUUGUUGGUUUAUAACAGUAAAGUAAACCUCAAACUCAAUGUUUAGAUUUUCAUAAUCCUUUUUUCAAACUAUUUAGCAAAAUUGUCAAAUUCCUGAAUUGUUUUGGUUGAUGCAAAUCGGCAUUAUUAUUUUUUUUUUUCCUGGCACAAAGCUUUGGCUAAAAUUUUGCCCAGUUCGACUGCUAAUAACUUAUUUGGCUCUAGCUUUCUGCUCGUGGGCCUAUUGUGACUGCCCUCUGUCCGUUGUGGGGUGGAUAUUUUGUGCUGAGCACCCUCUGUUACCACUGCAGUCAGUAGAAGCUGCAGGUGCUCUGCAUAUCUGACCAUCAGGCUCUAUGGGAAUCAAUUCAUGAUCUCAAACUUAGAUGAAUGAUUUUAAAAUAUCAUCCUGCCCUUUUAAACAAGCCUCCUUACAUAAUUACAAGCUGCAAAGGGAUUCCUUUAUAACCUUGCAUACCCACAUCAGGGGGAGAGCAGAAGGUUAGAACCCUUCUGGGGUUUUUGUUGGCAAUUGGCAACUUUCUUUACCACUUAGGUGCAUCUCCUGUUUACAGACCAAGUGUGGCUCCUCUUUGCCUCUACAAAGCAGGGUCUUUAUCAGUGGCUACCCAACAGUUUUACCAAUAAGGUAUUACCAAAAUGGACACGCUUGGCAUUUGUUCUAUGCAGCUUGUUCAAAGCAUAGUUCCUUGCCGCUAUGUUCUGGUACUUGGAUUUAAGAAAUUCACCUAAUAUUUCCUGUUGGCUUUGCCAGCUGCUCUCACGUGAAUCUGUCGCAUGCAAACUUGAAUUCAGAUCCAAUUCUGAUUUUAAAUAUCCUCCAAGUUGAGAUCCAGUAUUGUUGUAGCAGUGUCAGUACCAGGGUAUUAGAGAUAGAAGGACAGUGAGGUAAUAUCUCUUAUUGGACCACGGGGCUGACUGCAGGGUUUGAACCUAGGACUUUGAGCACUAGAUGGAUCAGCUCUUACCACUUGAGCUCAAGGAUUAAGUUCUAUAGCUGGGAAGCCGUAGCAGAUUCAACCCUCAUGUAAACCAGCCACAAGAGGGAGACAAGUGCAUGCUCCUUGCAUGGAUUACAUUGGCAUGCAUGUAGCCAAUGAUUGCUCAGUACUGCAUGCCAGGGGUGGUCCCAGGAGAUGCCUGAACCCCAUGGACUUCUGUGAUCAUUUACUAAUUCACUUAGUAGCCUAACUAUUGAUCACUUGCACUGCAGCUCAGUAACCAUAUGUUGCUCAUUUUCCUUCCAGCUGGAAACAUGCCUCUGUCACAGAGUAACAUGCGGCAGGCCCCCUGCAACAGGAAGCUCUGCCGAAACCUCUUUGGCCCGGUGGAUCAUGAGCAGCUCCAGAAUGACUUGCAGGAUUUGAUGAGGAGACAUCUGGAAGAAGCUCAGUGCAGGUGGAAUUUUGACUUUGAGACGGAAACACCGCUGGAGGGCAAGUUCAAGUGGGAGAGAGUCCUCUAUCCUGACGUGUCUCCUGCUUGCCUGCCUUCUCAGGACCCGAGCCACUCCAAAGGUAAUGGUGGGGAGAAGAACCAGAGCUCUCCAGCACUUAAGAUUUCUACAAAGGAUCUUAACAUGGCCCUCUCAAGUGAAACAGUACAGAUGGACUCUGAGUCCUGCAAGGCCAGCUCCCCAAGGCACCUGAAACGAAAGCAGACCAGCAUAAAAGAUUUCUACAGUUCAAAGCGGAGGAUUGUCCCUUGCAAACCAAAUCCGUGAUGCUACAGCACAAGUUGUUCUGCUUCUAUGUGCCUCUUGGCUGGGGCACGGUCAUCAGGAUGUGUCUUCAACUACUAACCCUACUGGCCCUCUGCAGCCCUCUAGGAAGACCGUUUCUAUUGAAGUCUGUGGAAGGGUUGCCAUAGGGGCUGAAUAAAGUCUGUCGGGACUUAGCAGCAGGAAGACUUAGUUACAAGCCUCCCUCUGCAUUGUACUGUAUAAGCUACCUACUGGAUCUGUCUAUUAUGAAGUGAUGUAGAGUUUAGUGUCGUAUUUAUGAAUAGGGCUAGGUGUCUAAGGACCCGCUUGUGUGCAAUGUGUAUUGUAAAGGCUUUAUUUAAAAUAGAUGUGGAAUAUUUGAUUACCUCCUUUCGUAGGCCUUGGAGAAGAGGGAAUGAUAAAUGCUGAAAAUUGAGCCUUCAGCGUAGGCCAGUGUGACACUCAACAAGGAGGGGUAGGAAUGAGAGUGCUAGGUCUCAGCCCCCCUGACCAGCUACACCUUUGCCCUCAGGACCACAGAGUAGAAGGGAUGGGUGGAGGAGAGAUGGGCCUAGACCCUAAGCUGCUGUAAAGAGUGUUGUACUUCCACUGAAGUCAAGCGUAAAAGAGCAUAGCCUCCCCAGCUGAGGCUCCGUCCCAUGGCAACUGAUCCUCAUGGCCAUGGGAUUCUUAUGUACAUGGUCUUCUAAAGCCUCACUCUGCUCCUGGGCAGCAUCAAUACUCUCCGUCUGCCUGGGCAGGAGUAAGCUGUGAGUGCAGUGGGCCUGCAUUGAUAGAAGGGUAUCUGUCUCCAGCUGGGGCUCUGCUUCCUGAAAAGGAAUGCUUAGGGUGGAGGUGGGAAAGGAGAUGUGUAUUGCCCAUAAAACAAGCAUCCCUGACUGCAGGGCCUACCUGAAUGAGCAAGGAGUGGAUGCUUAGCUGGGUAACCAGAAGACACAGCCAGCUUUCUCCCUGGCUAGCUCAGAUCAAGUUCUGCUCGGUGUUUAAACUUUGCCCUCUGCUUGCUGACUUGAGGAAAGGAAUAAUUUGUAGCUCCAUCUCUUGGAUGGUUCUUCUGCAUUAUAGGGAGGCUGGUAGUAGGAGUUGGGGAUGCGGAAUUCUGACAGGGUUAGACAUCUCCUCUGCUAAUACCAGCCAGUCCAAUUCACUACUUGUAAAGCUGCUUGAUGCACCCUUGAGUGGCAACAGACUACUGGUUGUGCCCAGGCCCAAAUGCUGCAUUGGCUGAUUUCAGCACUAGCCUAAAGGCAGAAUUUGUCUUAUAAGACUCACCUUUAGUUCCCUCUGCUCUUGUCAUAAUACACCACUAGCUCCUGCCACUAGGCUAUUCCAGGGCAUGCUUUGCGGGGGAUCCAUCUACACAGCAAUUGGUAGACUUUGUGAUUUCUACAGCAGAGUUGUGGCACCACUCUGUGCAGCAGGGCUAAUUCCCUUCCCACUUCCCCCUCCUGCAGGAGGGUUAGCUGCUGCUCUCCCUCGUUAUGUGGUGGUUCGUUCGGCUUCAGCAGUUCUAGCUCUGCAGUUAGACUCGCUGCGUGUGGUCCUCUUGUGUUAGAGGCCAAGUCCUCAUAGCCCCUGCUGCUAGUUUUCAUGGCCGCAUUGUCUGUCCACAAAGGCUGCAGUCUCACGGGUCGAGAUGGUCUCAAGAAACAUCAGAAAUUCUCAGGCACUUUUCUCUGUGAUGGGUUCAUCCCCUCUGCUCAUGGAGUUGGACUUCUAAACCGGGACAAAACAGAUCUCUUCACACCCCCAUUCCUUGCUGCACUUUGCGUUCAGGGUAACGCCGGCAAACUUUCAGCACUAAUACUUGUAUCUGUAAAGAAGAUGCUGCUGCAUUUAUUGGAAAAAAAUCUAGUUUAAAAAUGUAACUUUAUUAUGAAUAAACACUUUGUGUAUAAAUGAG